GAAGUCUCGCGAGGAGUUUGCCGCGCGGCGAGAUGUGAAGGAUGAUGGCGACCAAAACAAACCGAGGCGCCGAACGGUCAUUCUAGGAAACCUCUUUUAUUCUCCUUUCUCUCCCUCCCCCGAGGCUCCUCUCAAUGGCGGCCUCCGCAGCUGCCAUGGCGACGACUCCUCCCGCGCACUGGAGUCACUUCGAACAGGAGCAAGACCUCACACUGCGGGAACUAAUCCGGCGGGUAACCGGCCUGUCAGAGCAGAGCGAGGAUGAGCGCGGCCACUUCCAGGCGGCUCUGAACUUCGCCUGGUCCAACUUCAGAUUUCAUCGAUUUCUUGAUGUCAGCAGCCACAAACUGGAGAGGAUAAUAGAGGGAAUUUAUGAAAAGCUGAUUGUUCACUCAGACCUUGUUAAAGCUGCAAGCUGGAAGAGACUAACAGAAGAAUUUCUGAAUUCACCUCUUCCAGCCACUGAAGGAACAAAGACAGAUACCCAUUAUGCCAUACUCUCUCUCUUGUUGUGUCUAUCGGAUUCUCCUUCCAACACUAAUUAUGCAGAAAAACCCAGAGAUAAAGAAGUGGAAAAAGAAGAAUUUGAUUGGGGAAAAUAUUUGAUGGAAGGGGAAGAAUUUGAUUUUGGUCCUGAUGUAGAAACGCCAGAGUGGUCUGAAGUAAGUGAGGAUGAAGAAGAUACAGAGCCUUUGAGCAGAGAAGACUCUGGUAUUCAAGUGGACAGGACACCACAAGAGGAUCAAGAUCAAAACAAGAAGUCGGUGUCUCAUAUUACCUGGAAAGGUGAACCUGAUGCACGUACCUGGCUGGAGCAACAUAUAGUUGCUCAGUAUUGGACUGGUAGAGUUCUUCGUUUUCCCCAUAGUUUGCAUUUUCAUUCUAAUUUAGCAGCUAUAUGGGAGCAGCACUUAUAUAGUAGUGAUCCCUUGUACAUGCCAGAAGAGAGAAUUCUUGUCACUGAAACUCAGAUCAUUCGCGAAAUAAUCUGGCUUCUUUCGGGUGUAAAAAAACUGUUUAUAUUUCAGUUGAAUGAGGGAAAGAUUACUGUAAGGAAUGACAUCAUGGUAACCCAUUUGACCCAUAACUCUUUAAGAUCAAUGCUGGAGCGGAUAGCAGCAUAUGGACAAGUUGUAUUUAGGUUGCAGAAAUUUAUUGAUGAAGUGAUGGGUCAUAGCUCAGAAAGUAUAACACUGGGAACUAUUUCCACUCCCAAGAAAUCUGCAGAAGCCCCAUUUCGAACUUAUCAGGCUUUCAUGUGGGCUCUCUAUAAAUACUUCAUUAAUUUCAAGGAAGAACUGGCUGAAAUUGAGAAGUCCAUAAUCAACAAAGAUACAACAAUCACUCUUUCCAUAGUCAUAGAUAAGUUGUCACACCGACUAGCACAAUUGAAGGUACUUCAUAAAGUGUUUAGCACUGGCGUUGCAGAGGUACCACCUGACACUCGAAAUGUUGUAAGAGCAUCACAUUUGCUUAAUACACUGUAUAAAGCUAUUCUUGACUAUGACAACGUUGGAGAAGCCUCUGAACAAACGGUCUCUCUCUUAUUUUCUCUCUGGGUUGAAACAGUAAGGCCUUAUUUACAGACAGUGGAUGAGUGGAUUGUUCAUGGUAACUUAUUUGAUCCUGCUAAAGAAUUUAUAAUUCAGAGAAACAAAAAUGUUCCAGUUAACCACAGGGAUUUCUGGUAUGCCACUUACACUUUGUAUAGUGUAUCAGAAAAGACAGAGAAUGAAGAUAAAAUGAGUGAUAAUGCUAGUGCCAGUUCGGGUAGUGAUCAGGCACCCUCAAGCAGACAGCACACCAUGGUCUCUUUUUUGAAGCCAGUGCUAAAGCAAAUAAUUAUGGCUGGAAAGUCCAUGCAGUUGUUGAAGAACUUGCAGUGCACAGAUGGCUCUCCACAGCAGGCUGCAUCAAGAGAUGCAGAAAGAAAGAGCCUAUACGCAUUAUUCCUGGAGUCCGUGCAGUCACGCUUAAGGCAUGGGGAGGAACCUGUUCAGGAUGUUUUUACGGAACAACAGGCUACCAAGCAGAGUCUAAUAAAGAUGCAGUCUAUUGCAGAAAGACACUUAGAGUUGGAUGAUGUUCAUGAUCCCUUGCUGGCUAUUACUUUUGCAAGACUCUAUUUAGAACAAGGUGACUGUCAUGAGAAUCUUACUGGUGAUGACGUUUGUGUGGACAGAUCAUCUGAAUCAGUUACAUGCCAGACAUUUGAACUGACGUUGAGGUCUUGUCUUUAUCCUCAUAUAGACAAGCAAUAUCUGGAGUGCUGUGGAAAUUUAAUGCAAACUUUGAAGAAAGAUUACAGGCUGGUAGAAUACUUGCAGGCAAUGAGAAACUUCUUCUUGCUUGAGGCUGGUGACACUAUGUACGACUUCUACACAUCUAUUUUUGAUAAAAUAAGAGAGAAAGACACAUGGCAGAGUGAACCAUUCCUUAAUGUCCAGCUUCAAGAAGCAGUUGGACAGCGCUACCCAGAAGAUAGUUUAAGGCUAUCUAUAUCAUGUGAAAACAUUGAUUUAGCAAAGAAGAAGCUUCCUGUUCAUACCUUGGAUGGCUUAAUAUUGAGUUAUAAGGUCCCUUGGCCUGUGGAUAUAGUUAUAAGUGUGGAGUGUCAAAAAAUCUAUAAUCAAGUAUUUCUCCUAUUGUUACAAAUAAAAUGGGCCAAGUAUAGUCUGGAUGUAUUAAGAUUUCAUGAACUAGUCAGGGCAGCAGAAAAGCCCCAGAAUAAAGGAGAAGCUUUGCUUGAACAAGAACCAUUUCCUCAGUUUGGGUCACAGUUGGAAUCCAUAAAACAACAGACUCAUCGCAUGUUCCUUCUAAGAAUGAAACUCAUGCAUUUUGUUAACAGCCUGCACAACUACAUCAUGACUAGGAUUCUUCAUAGCACAGGCUUGGAAUUUCAGCAUCAAGUGGAAGAAGCAAAAGAUUUAGAUCAGCUGAUUAAAAUUCAUUAUAGAUACCUCUCUACAAUCCAUGAUCGCUGUCUGCUGAGAGAAAAGGUCAGCUUUGUGAAGGAAGCUAUAAUGAAAGUACUGAACCUAGUACUGAUGUUUGCAGAUCGUUGGCAAGCCGGAUUGGGAGCUUGGAAGAUGGAAUCCAUAACAAAGAUGGAAUCGGAUUUUAAAAACUGUCACAUGUUCCUUGUGACAGUACUGAACAAAGCAGUCUGUAGAGGCUCUUUUCCACAUUUGGAAUCUUUAGCCUUGUCACUCAUGGCUGGAAUGGAACAGAGUUAGCAAAAUUCAACAUCUUUCCAACACUGUGGUCAUUCGUCACUGAUUGCUUACUCAGAAUAUCAUCUGAUUUUAAUGGCAGUUUCCCCCCCAGUGGUUAUUGGAUUGCAGUCCGUAUACCAGGAUUAACUUAUUAUAUUUGUAGAUAAAUGGGUGGACACACUUUGUGUUUUUUGAAAUUGCAGAAACAUUCACCUGUAAAUAAAGUACAGUAUUUAAUGAUGCAAUUUUUUCUAUGUCAUUUAUUUCUAUAUUAAAUUAUAAUCUGUCAAGGUAAUGGUUUUUGCUUUCCUCUGUGAGGAAUAAUUUGUAAAAUGCAUCCUGUAAAAUCAGUGUUUUAAAAGGAUUUUCAUGAAUCUUUUUGUGCAUAGCCUAUCCCCUGAAUGGUAAUGGAUGACAGUAAUGUAUUACCCAGAAGCAGCUAUUUACAGUACUGUAUUCACUUUUUCUUUCUGCAACAUGUAGCUUAUAUUUCAGCUGUUCUGAAAUUCUUACAGUUGUAUUGGCAGUAGCAUAGCAAUUGGUAUAAUUCUACUAAAUUCUCAAUAAAAAUGAAUGUGUGUUGACACAGGAACAGUA